AUGAUGCCCUCCAGCGAACUACACGGACCCCCCCUUCCUGACGACGAAAAGUCUCUCCACGAAGUGUUUUAUCAGAAUGUCAUGAAAUACCCGGAUGUCGUGGCUCUUGUCAGUACCCAGCAAUCCGCUACCCUCUACGGAAUCCAGAGCUUGCCCACGGCCGGUGCGGAGCAUGAAGUGGACUAUCUACGAUGGACCUAUCGGGACCUUGAUUGCGCUAUACAGCGAUUCGUCAUUGGUUUACGAAGUCGAGGCCUGAAAAGAGGUGAUCCAUUGGUUAUGUUCAUGCCAAACACCGCUGAAUAUGUCAUUGCCACUUGGGCUGCGUACCAGAUUGGCUGCGCUUACAUUCCAAUCAACCCCAAAGCCCUAUCGAAUGACAGGGAAAUACGGCAUAUGCUGCAAGUCGCGAUUAAAGGAUGCCAGUCGGAUUCUAUGGCCAUCAUUGCCGGAACAUCCGAUAUUUGUACUCGUAUCGAGGAGUUCACGUCUGGGUUGAAAUGCACCAGGAUAUUGGUCGAAGGAGACAUGGAUGGGUGGGAAUCUUUUGACGAGUUGAUGCAAAAACCAGCUUCAAAUUUGCAGCAAAGUGUUACCCCAGAUUGCCACUCAGUACCGUCGAAUCAGACAAUUUUUUUCACUAGUGGAACGACAUCACUCCCAAAGGGUUGCAUUAUGCCAUCGGCGUAUGGGUUUUCGGCCGCCUCAUGUUGGCGUCAAAGUAGUGUUCCUAUGAUGCCUGGGGAUCGGGUCUUAUUUACAUUGCCAAAUAACCAUGGGUUUGGUUGGCUUUGUAUUAUGGCUCCAUUCCUUAAUGCAGCCACUGUUGUGCUCCCAGGGCCGAGAUUUAUUCCAGAGGCUGUGAUAAAAGCCAUUCAGGCGGAGCAAGUGAACCACGCUGGAUUAGUGCCAACUAUGCUGCAUGCCCUGCGCACCACGCCCCUUUUAACCGGGAAGUUAAGCUCCCUUAAGCGAAUCGUCAUGGGAGGCUCUCCCCCAACCGAGGAGGUUAUUAGGAUCUGCCUCGAUACCUUGGGUGCAUCAGGAGUGGAAAAUCUCUAUGGUAUGACCGAGGGCAUCCUUGUAUCUUCAGGCGUCGUCAGUCAGGUCAGUGGCAUCAUCAAAGAUGGAGACGUUUCAAUUGGCACGCCACUCCCUGGGAUGUCCGUGCGUGUAUAUGCCAAGGACAGCAAGGUCCUAGCUCCGUUUGGUGACGCUGGAGAGAUGCACUUCUCAGGUUCAAGUUUGAUCAAUGGAUACAUCGGAGGAGCCGAUGGUAACUUUUACAGCGAGGAAGAUGGCACCCCUUGGUUCCGCACUGGUGAUAAAGCCUUUAUUGGUAGCGACAAUCGCCUCUAUCUGAUUGGCAGGUACAAAGACACAAUCAUCCGCGGAGGGGAGAACAUUGAACCAUCGGCCAUCGAAGCGGUUUUGGGUCGGUCCCCAGGAAUCAGUGAUUUCCACCCUCAGGUUGUACGCGCACCGGACAAUGUGGCUGGCGAGGUGCCUAUUGUCGUUGUAAACCAGAAGGUCGAUGAUAACACGGGAAAUAAACUCAAGAACAUAAUUCUGGCUCAGAUGGGGGAUCUUUAUGUCCCGGCAGAUGUUAUAUCAAUUCAGACACUGGGACGCGAAGAAUAUCCAAGAACCAUGGCGGGUAAGGUCCAGAAGACCAAGCUGGAAGCUCUGGUCAAGAUAUACUGGGAGCGCCAGCAAAGAGAGGACGUACACACUAUCGAUGGGCCCAUUUCAGGCACCCAGGUGAUGCAAUCAUUAUGCAUGGCGAUCGAAAUAGAGAAGAGAAUCUCCAUUGACCUCUCUUCUCGCGUGAUUGAGCUGGGAGUUGAUUCAAUUUUAUCGAUCGCAAUUAUCAAGCGUGUUCAGAUCGAAACAGGAGUGUCGUUACCAUCAUCUCUGUUCUUUACACAAGCAACAGUCGGGGCAAUAUGCCAGCAGAUCAGUUCUAUUCCAGACACAGCGGGUUUUCUUCAUUUUACACCCGUCAUGGAGGACGCACCUACCGAUGUGUGCUUUUCGGUCCUUCUCCAGGGGACUCCGAGACCAGGCGUUCCCUCUCUUUUCCUCGCUCCUCCUGGCUCGGGAAAUGCCUUCGUGUACAGAACACUGCCUAAAUUCUUCAAUGAUUAUGCAGUGUACAGCUUUGGCUCUCCAUUCCUUAUGACCAAGUCAGAAGCUUCUUGGACGAUAGAAGAAACUGCCACCAUUUACGCAAACACUAUUGUUAGCAUUGACCCCGUUGGCCCAUAUAUACUAUGUGGUUGGUCAAUGGGAACAGCCACGGCAUACGAGACCGCAUACCAGCUGCACGAAUGGGGAAAGCAAGUUCUGGGAAUAAUCAUGCUGGACUUGGCAGUGCCUCGGCAAAACCUUAAUUGCCCGAAAGCAACUGUCGAACUGUUUGAAAUGAUGGGAGUAUUCCCUCCAAUCCGCCGCGAAGGAAAACCCGACGUGGAGAUUCCUUCCUUUCGUAAAAAGCACCGAGUGGCCGCAUAUUACGCGAAAAUGAAAUAUAUGCCUCGUCCCUUCAACAAAAGUGAUGCAAAACGGCCGCGGAUAUUUGUUAUCUGGGCCGGACAUGGCGAUCAUGACAGGAUGGCAGACAUGGUGUCUGAAGCACUGGAGCUUGAGAAGAAAGUUGGACCAGGGACAAGGUUGAAACUUAGCGAUGACUGGCUUCAAGUUCCGCGUGAGUCUUUUGAUGCUGGAGGCUGGGAUGAGAUGGUUGGGAAAGAGUAUGUGGAGUGGGGUAUCGUUGAAGGCGCAGAUCAUGACACGCUUAUAGAGUCAGAAGAACUAGUUGUUUUCACGAAAGGCUUGAUGGAACAGACAAUGGAUCAAUGGGUGCGAGAAAUGGAUAUUACGUCCAACGGUUCAUGUUGA